UCAUUUUCUGCCCCCAAAAGGAAAAAUGUUUCGCCCGUAAUUUCUCUCUCUUUGGCGCUAACGAUCUUCUCGACGGCCCUUUCCCUGAAAACACAGAAACCGAUGACAGCUUCAUCGUUCCCUCCGGCGGCCAUGCCGAUGGAGCUCUAGCCCGGCGUUCUCCGCCCCACUGACUCUCCGGAUCUCCCCCACGCCGUCGAUGCCUCUGUUGUUUGAGUGCCGGCAGGUACUCAGAUUCUCUUGGUGUGAUGCUGGAUUUGAGCUCUGUGUCAGUCGAGAUCUGCGUCAAUUUACUCUGCUGCUCCAAGUGAGCGAAGUGAAGUACUUAGUCGGAGUUGCUGCAGUAGCCGACAGUAGCGUUUCUGCGCCGCUAUAGGUCUCAGUUGUUUCUCCCUUUUGCCGCAAAUGUUCAUUCGAUUAGCUCACACCCAAGAUCUUCACUUGCGUGGAUGGAAUGAAGGGGGUCUGAAUUGAGCUGAGCCCAUAGGAUGAGGACCCGGAGGCUGUCGGUUGUACCAGUGCCCCCAGAAACUCCGCAGCCGGGACAACGUAAUAGUAGCAGCAGCAGUGAGCCCAGUUCUCCCUCAAGUCCAUCAAGUCCACUAUCGGUUGAAGCUAUCUCAGCCUUGCAGCUUGAAUCUAAUGGUGGUACUAAGAGAAAGAGAGGGAGGGGGCCCACUCUAAUGCGUGAUCUUUGGGGCCUGCAAGAUGAUGAGCGUAAAGUCGUUUCCUUCAAUAGCUUCGGACAGCCCAAUGACCCGGAAAACUCCAGCAAAUUAGCAAAUUUCUUGGGCACAAUAGCACGCGAUGGUACACAUGCGCCACUCCAUUAUUUGACAUGGAGGAAGAUGCCUGGGCACCAUAAAGAAGAAAUGGUCAAGUUAGUGAAGUUGAAGUUUGAAAUUCCUGCUGGGGAUGAAGACUUUAUCCUGAGGUCUAUUUCUAAGAAGUGGAGGAACUGGAAGAGCACAGUUAAGAAAAUGUAUUUUGAUCCAAUGCUAUCCGUUGAGGAGCAACUGCAAAAUGUUCCAGAUAGAGUGGAAGCAGAUCAAUGGAAAGAGCUUCUAACAUAUUGGUCAUCUGAAGUAGGGAAGGAUGCUAGCAAAAGAAAUAAAGAGAUUCGAAAACGACAGAAAAUGGUACACCGCAUGGGGACAAGAAGCUUUGCUGUCAUUAGGGAGAUUACGCAAGAAAAGUUAGGUCGUGAUCCAUCACGUGCCGACAUGUUCAUGACUUGUUACGCAAAGUCAGAUGGAACUCCUGUAAAUGAGGUGGCUGGUGAAAAAAUCGAGAAAAUGAAAGAAAUUCUUGCCCAAGAUGCGCAGGGUUCAACGAGUGUGGAUGGUAAUGAUGUGUACACAAAAGUCAUGGGAAAAGAUAAGCCUGGAUUUCUUCGCAUCUAUGGCUUGGGAGUGUCGGAUUCUGAUGUUCGGGGCUCCAUGCCUAGCCGUUCAAAAUGUUAUACCAUGGCCAUGAAAUAUAAAUCAGCAUUGGAGAGUAUUGAGCGGCAGUAUGGGGAACUGAAUAAGAAGCUUGAGGUAUUGCAAAGUAGAGAGAACAGUGGUAAUCCAGCUAACUCUGGUGUCCAAACUGCAUCUAUGAACCACCAGAAUCACUUCUUGGCUUCAACAUCUGACAGUAGGGCUCUUCAGGUGCCAAUCUCUUGUGAAGCUUUCUGGUCGUCACAACUUGUGGAGGUCUUCUGCAAGUUAUGCAUUGAACGAAUCGAUAGAGGUCAAUGCCCAGGGACCCAAUUCACUGAAAAAAUGUGGGAAAUUAUAGCCAGUAAGUUUGAGGUGCAAACUGGUAGGAAAUAUGACAAAGAUCAGUUGCAAAGCAAGUGGAAUAGUCUCAAGGGUGAGUGGGAAAAAUGGAAGCAGCUUAUCGAUGGUGAAACAGAGCUGGGAUGGGACUCGCAGAAGAAGACUGUCAAUGCAACUGAUGAAUGGUGGGUGCGAAAAAUUCAGCUGAAUCCAGAAUUUAGGAGCUUCAGAACGGAAGGGAUCCCGCCGGACUUGGAGGUGCUGCUAGAUAGAAUGUUCAUGAACGUCGUUUCCACUGGAUAUAUUCCAUGGGUCCCAUCCCAAGACACGCCUCCUAACUUCAACGAUGAUGACAUGUCCAACUACAAUGAUGAAGACAUGUCCAACUACAAUGACGUUGUGCCUUCAGAUAGCGGCGAUGACAACUUAAAUGAUAACAAGGAUGUUGGAGAAAGUAUUGGCGAGUUGGGUUCGAAGAAGGCCAAGAAACAGGUGGAGCUGAACAGACUUAGCAGUAGAUUGAAAGGAAAGAAGAAGAAGAAGAAGAAAUUACAAGGGACUUCUAAGCGCAGCAAGCAGCUAGAUAGGCUCUAUUCGGCUGUCGAGAGUAAGAGCAUUAUCCCAUCGCAGAUUCCUCCGGAGCCAUUGGAUCCGAGCCAUGUUACAUAUAGCGAGAUCAUGGAGAUGUUAGGCACGAUGCCUGAGAUCGAGCAGAAUGAUGAGCUCCACUUCUUCGCAUUGGAUCACCUGAAGGACAGGCUGAACCAGAUGAUAUUCAAGAACCUGAAGAGCAGCGAGAAGAGGGUCAACUGGCUCAAGCACGAGUUCAAGAAGCAGAAUCACAGGUAGAUCAUUCUGCUUUGUGAGGCUGAGUGAGCAGGUGUCUUUCUCUGAUGUUCGGGUCUUUGUAUUUCGCGGUUGACAAUGUGUAUGCAUUCUGGAGAUAAGUCUCAAGCAGCUAGCUAUUGUUGCGACCUGUAAAUUAUCUUUUAUCAGGGUAGCUAUAAAUGUGCUAUGCCACGGGUGAACUCUCUUGGUAUCCGAGAUGGUGAGAAUUGUAAGAUGUGUUGAUUUCUGCCAAGUUUGAGUUUAAUAUGUGUCGUAUUUGUAUCUAAAUUGAUUAAAUUGCAUGAUUA